AGUCUUGAACCAUUGGGGAAUUGGGGCAGGCAAGGGCAGGCCCCUUUUAAAAUCCUCCUAAGGAUCCCGUCUCAAAUCCCACGAAAGGAGUCGACGGACAGGCUCGAAACAUCAAUCGCACCAGACACGGAACUUUUGGUUCAUUGCUCCUCUCUGUCUUCCUUCAGCAAUUUCGUCCACGACUGAGCCAUCUGCGGUACAGAAAGCUCUGCUUAUGCAGGGAUCCGUGUAUUCCGCGACCGAUUCCUUAUCCGACGCCGGGAGCCCAUCCGUUAUCCGUUCGAGCCGUCCCGUACCCAUGACUCUCCGAAUCACAAUUGAGCCUGUAUGAAACAACAAGAUGCGCCGAGUCCUGGCGCAAUACCCGAUAAAAUGGACGAGAAAACCAAGACCGAACCCGACACGGUAGACACGGGACUGCGGGCAGCACCCAGCCAAACGACUGACCAUGUUCCGACCGCUCCUAGCACCAGUGAAGACGGGAAUCUGGCGACGAAAAUCAUUCAAUUCAUUGCAACAGCAACACCCGGAACCCUCGGCGUCGUCGCCGUGGGCUUGGCUGCGAUCACAUAUCUAGUGCUAGGCAGACUCGGCCUCGUACUAAUAGGCGCAUUCGGUGGCAUCGUGACCUUCAUACACUGGGAGCAACGCAGUGCGGAAGUGCAGCGCACUAUUCGAGGGGAGAGAGGGGUUGAUGUUUUGGCACGAUUGCUCGAGGCCAAGAAGAACUCGCAGAAUGCCAUGCUCAACGAGCCGAGCGCAGACGAGCAGGAAACCGCAUUGGUGCGCUCCUUCGACGACUUGCGCCCCGAGACCCGCGAGGCCAUGAACGAGCUCGUCGAUGCUGUCAUUGAAAACUACGUCAAGUGGUGGUACUCGCCGAUUGUGCCCUCUGACAAGUCUUUCCCAUUAGUCUGCCGCAAGACGCUCACAUCGUUCCUUACAUCCGUAUGCAAUAGUCUCAGUAGGAAGCGUCCCGCCGACGCAUUCCUCGACUUUCUAACAAACUCCUCCUCUAUCGUCAUUGUUUUCUUCUCGGAGCUCUCCAAUGCUUAUGCCGAAGUCCCGGCCGAGUCCAAAGUAUCAGCCGCAGACGCUGUCUAUAACUACCUUGCCUCGCAUCCCGAGUCCAAUCUAUCCAACCUCCUGAAUCAACGGCAGCAAGCGGGCAAGUUCCGCAUGGCUGCUGAAGACUUGUUGGGGUUUCUGGAACGUCCCAUCUACGAAUGCGAUCCGGCGAGGGUUUUCCUCAGGGAGAUCCUGGCUGGUGUCAUACUGGAAAUGACACUUCAGACGUGUUCCAAGCCGGAAUUCAUCAACUCGUGGAUCGUCUACUUGCUAGAGUCGGGAGAGCCUGAUAUCAGUCAAGCCAUUGACGUAGGCAUGCAAACUGGCCCCUCCGCAGAUGCAGCUUUUGCGGAUUUGGACGGCAAUGUGGGCAACAUUGGUCUUACAAAGGGGAACCGGAACUCUUUCGAGCAAGAGAGAGCACGCCGGAGGGAGUCAACGGCGCAUAAGAAGAAGCUUAGUAAGGCCGAGGAAGAGAUGGAAGUGGCAAUGGAGGAGAUGAAGCGGCUGAAUCAAAUGAUCGCCAAUGAAGGAACUCUCAUGGAAGAAUCACAACAAGGGAAGGAGUGCCAAGGCCUCAGAGGGGGCGAGGUUGAGGCCUCUGAAAGGCUUGCCGAUGCUCUGAAGCGCAAUGCAGACGAGCUGGAUAUUCAGGAGGGUUGGGCCCCGAAGCCCGUCCAGCCUGAACAUGUGGAUAGUCCUGCGGACAUGCCUCAACGAGCCAGCAGCGAUGAUUCAUCAAGGAGAAAUGGCGCCAUUCCCACUCCCGUGACGCCGCUUUCUGCAGAGGCCUCAUCGAGCCAGGGCUCAUCCCCCCCGCAAGAUGUGGAACAUCACUUUACAAGCUUCGAUCAGAUCGUCCCCCCUGCCCGAGAUGAACCUGAAGGUGACGCAGUUGAAUCUCCAAAACCUCCGUUGACCCUGCAUAAUGCGACCAUUACUGUUCUGGAUGAGCCGGGUGACGGCCGGAUCCGGUCGAAACCCUCAUGGGACUAUCUCGUUCAGAUUGAGCCCGCCACAACGAUGUAUCCCGGGUGGAUGAUUGUCCGGAAGUACAGCGAUUUCGAGGUUUUGCACGAGGUGCUACGACGAAUUGCAAAUGUUUCUGGCGCCACCGCCUUCUCGGAGCAACACAAGACUUUGCCGCCGUGGAAGGUGCACACGAGGACAUCGUUGCGUGGGGAGCUGGAGCGCUACCUGCGAGAUGCCUGCUGGCAUCAGAGCCUAGCUGAAAGCGAAGGGCUAAAGAAGUUCCUGGAACGGGACCACGGCCACAUUCCCAGUGCCAAGUCUGGGUUUCAAGCGUUUGAGAAGAUUGGCAAGAACGUGUUGGAUGUAUUGACGAGCGCCCCGCUUGAGGGUUCCAAGGCAGUGGUUGGAGGCGUGACGGGGGUGCUGGGGAAUAUCGGUUUGGGCCAGCGGAAGGCUGCGCAGCCCACCCCAUCGCCUCCGCCUUCAGCCCUCCAAGAUGUGACGGCAGCUAGUCGCCUGUCCAUCUCGGCACUUUCCCGUGCUGAUAGUAGCCUGUCUCUCAGCGGAAUGCGCAAGCCUCGAGACAGCAUAGAUAGCCAGCAUUCGUCGGUCAUUGCGCUACAACCGGGUAAGAUACCGCCUAUGGAACGCCGCCCCAGUUACAACUCGCAAGGCGAGGCGGAGCCUGAGAAUGCCGGUCCUUCCCGAGCGUCUGCGAGGAACAGUCGGGAGCAUAGUCGGGCGUCAAGCCGAGCCCCAGGGCCAGGGCGAUCGCCUUCGAGCCUCAGCUUCGAGGGGUUCCGUUUGCCCCCACCGCCCGAUAUGAUCCCCGAUGACUACGGGUCCCCAACCAGCCCGUCAAAUACACGCGCGCCCGACUUUGCUACCCACCACAUGCGCUCGUUGACCAUGCCCACGAUAAGCAGCAAUCAACAGGCCAAUGGGCCGCCGCUCAAGGGCGUGAAGCAGCAUCCAAAGCUUUCGGAGCAGGAGACGCGGGUGGCGGUCGAGCUUAUUUUCGCCGUCAUCAACGAGCUGUACACGCUUUCGUCGGCGUGGAAUAUCCGGCGCACGCUGCUCGCAGCGGCCAAGUCGUUCCUGCUGCGGCCGGGCAACCCGUCGCUGCUCUCAAUCCAGUCGCUCAUCCAGUCAUCGGUUCUCGAAGCCAACACGUCUGACAGCGGCAUCGCGGCCCAUGUCAAAAAGCUCCGGGAGAACGCGCUGCCGACGGAGCAGGAACGGGCGGCGUGGCCGGCCGAGAUGACGGCCGACGAAAAGGAAAAGCUACGGGUCAAGGCCAGGAAGCUGCUGAUUGAGAGCGGCGUCCCAGCGGCGCUCAUGGGCGUCAUGGGCCAGGCGGCCACGUCCGAAGCGCUAGGCCGGCUCUUUGAUUGCCUGCAGAUUGAGGAGGUCGCCAGAGGACUCAUGUUCGGGGUGCUGCUGCAGGCAGUGAGGACUGUUACGCAUUGAUGCGACCACGACUUUUUGGCUAUUUUUGGUUUUCCCUUGGAGAUUCUCAUGUAUGAUUAUUUAUAAUGGCCUACUAAAGAUUAGAUCGGGCUGGUGAUUGUAUGUAUUCUCUUGGGAUGCGGUGAGCGAUUGGCGAUGGAGCCAUUGCUCACUGUAUGUAUGAUAAGGGGGGAUGGAUCACGAGGAGUACAUAUACAGAGUACUGGGACCUUUAAGAAACUUAAUGAAAGAACCACUAACUACAUUUCUAGGGAUUCUCAUCCGAAACUGAGCUCGCAGCGACUAAUAAG